AUGUUUAUCGAUUCGUAUAUCGUCGGGUUGAUGCGCAAAGAGUUCUUUGAUCCAUUAAACGCUCGAAAAACGUUGCUGGUGUUUUGUUGUGCGCUGUCCUGUGUAUUAUUCGUGCAAUAUUUGUUCCGUUUACUCAGCCAAAUCAAGAAACUGCCCCCGGGUCCGUGGGGUGUGCCAAUCUUUGGAUACUUGACCUUUAUCGGUCAUGAAAAACAUACUCAGUACAUGAAACUGGCCAAAAAGUAUGGUGCACUGUUCAGUGCCAAGCUUGGUGCCCAGCUAACGGUAGUAAUAAGCGACUACAAAAUUAUACGCGAGGCAUUUAAAACCGAGGAAUUUACUGGCCGCCCCCAUUCUCCAUUGCUGAAGACGUUAGGAGGAUUCGGUAUCAUCAACAGUGAAGGACCAUUGUGGAAAGAUCAGCGCCGUUUUUUGCACGAAAAGCUUCGAAAUUUCGGCAUGACGGUACUCGGCAAUAAGAAGCAUCUCAUGGAAAAUAGAAUAAUGACCGAAGUAACAGAACUCUUAACUACGUUGAGCUCCGUCGAGAACAAAUCCACCGAUCUAAGCCGAUAUCUAUCCGUAUCGGUAAGCAAUGUAAUCUGUAACAUCAUAAUGUCCGUUCGCUUUUCGAUCGAAGAUCCAAAGUUCAAACGAUUCAACUGGCUUAUAGAAGAAGGAAUGAGACUGUUUGGUGAAAUACACACGAUUGAUUAUAUUCCUCAAAUUCAAUAUUUACCCGGCAACAUCAACGCAAAAAACAAAAUAGCAAAAAAUCGCGAAGAAAUGUUUGACUUUUAUCGUGAAAUUAUCGAAGAACAUAAGCGUACAUUUGACAAUGAAAACAUACGGGACAUUGUUGAUGCUUAUCUUGCCGAGAUCGAAAAAGCACAAGCAGAAGGUCGAGAUGGAGAACUGUUUGAGGGCAAAGAUCAUGAGAUUCAGAUGAUGCAGGUGAUUGCCGAUUUGUUUUCUGCCGGUAUGGAAACAAUUAAAACAACGCUACUGUGGUUGAAUGUGUUUAUGCUCCGUCACCCGGAUGCCAUGCGGCGUGUACAGGAUGAGUUGGAUCAGGUGGUUGGACGUAGUCGACUUCCUAAGAUCGAGGACGUUCCUUAUUUGCCGAUCACUGAAACAACAAUUCUGGAGGUUAUGAGAAUAUCCAGCAUAGUACCGUUAGCUACUACACACUCUCCAAAGAGUGAUGUUGUUAUAAAUGGUUACACAAUACCUGCUGGUUCAUACGUUGUGCCACUCAUCAACAGUGUUCACAUGGACCCAAACCUAUGGGACAAACCAGAGCAGUUUAACCCUAGCAGGUUCUUGGAUACUGAGGGAAAAGUCCACAAACCCGAUUACUUCAUACCGUUUGGAGUUGGCCGGCGUCGCUGUCUUGGGGAUGUGUUGGCGCGCAUGGAACUAUUUCUGUUUUUUUCUUCAAUUAUGCACACCUUUACAAUUGAAUUGCCGGAGGACGAGCCAAUGCCAGGAUUAAAGGGCAUUAUCGGGGUCACUAUUAGCCCACAGGCAUUUCGAGUCAAUCUUAUACCACGUCCACUGGAGACACAUAUACGUACGGUAGGCAUGUGUUGA